AUAGUAGCCUUAUCGUAAACGAAAUGGAUGGUAUCAAAUAAAAGGCAGGGGAAUGAAAACAAUUGUAUCAAGCCGAAGCUGGGUACAACUCAUCAGCGAAUUUUAGACAGUAAUAUUCGACAUUUAUACAGUGGAUUGCCAACAGAAAUACGCCUUCAGAAACCUGGAUUCAAGCAUAUCCUAGACCCUGUGGCCCGGGAACGUGAAGACAAAAACCGCGUUACCAGGAAAUUCCUCUGCAGAUACUUGGAAUACAACCCAGAACAUGACAUUGAAAUUCCACGUGCUCCAGCAUUCCGAAUUGUUACUAGGCAACAAGCAGACGCAAUAGUGGAGAGGGUUUCCAGGCCCACCAGCAGUUGUAAACUUAAACGUGACAUAUGCCCUCGCGAGCAUCGUCGUCAAUUAAAGGAUAUGUGUGCAGACUGCGAACUGAACACAAUUUCCAGACCAGUGUCACGUAAAGAAAUGCGUAACUUAAACAAAAGAUUGCUGACUCCAACUAUUGCCACUAACGUGAGGAACAGCACCCGUCCAUACCAAGACUUUGUUCUCACAAAUGUCACCGAUGCAUGCGAACGCGAGGCUCGUCCUGUAUCACAGCGAUGUCGACUUCGGUUUGAAAACGAAGAUGAGGACGAACGUAUAUCUUUGUAUUACAAAUCUAUGACGUCUCUCCGGACACUUGGUCAAAAGGAAAAUUUGCUGUAACUCAACAUUCACGAACUGACUUGACGUGCUAGAUAUAUACAUGGUAGAUAUAUAUGUGAUUAUGCAGUGUUUAAUGGUGUAGCUUGAGAUUGGUUCGUUAUUUGAAUGCAUGCUUAUUUCCCACAUAAACUCUGAUC